AUGGCUGCGAAAAAUGUCCUGAGAAGAGCUAUACUCUAUGUACCUGGUUCCUCUCAGCGAUUCCUCGAUAAAUCCCGCGGCCUGACCGUUGACUGCGUGGCUUAUGACCUCGAAGACAGCGUCACUCCAGGGCGCAAAUCUGAAGCCCGUUCCCUCGUCCGCAAAGCCCUGGACCAAGAAAAACCAGCUGGUCUGAAAGAGCGUGCCGUGCGCAUCAACAGUGUUGGCUCCGGCCUGGCCUUGGCUGACUUGGAAGAGAUCGUGAAGUCCAAAAACCUAACGACACUAAUAGUACCCAAGGUCGAGAGUGCAGGUGACUUGACCUUCGUCGGCGACGUGCUAGCGCACUCACGCCCGAGGGAAUAUCGUGGCACACCGAUCAGCAUCCUGGCUCUGAUCGAAUCAGCCAAGUCGUUAUCAAACCUCACAGAAAUAUGCCGCGCGACACCCUCACUACUCCAAGGCCUCAUGUUCGCUGCCGAAGACUUCGCCCUCGACAUGAGCAUAACACGCACACCGAGUCUCACCGAGUUCCUGUACGCGCGCCAAAUGAUCGCCACGGCCGCCCGAGCGCACGAUUUGCCCUCGACCAUCGAUCUGGUUGCCACCGCGUUCCGCAGCGAAGCCGACGAAGAGUCUCUCGCCAACGAAUGCAAUCAAGGAAAGGGAAUGGGAUAUAAUGGCAAACAAUGCAUUCAUCCGUCCCAAGUCGAGACCGUGCAGCAGAUCUUCAGCCCAAGCGUGCAAGAAGUCGAGUGGGCGGUUCGUAUUACGAUCGCACAAAAGCGAGCUGAGGAAUUGGGGAAGGGGGCGUGGGCUCUCGAUGGGAAGAUGAUUGAUGCGCCGGUAGAAGGGAAGGCGAGGGCCAUUGUCGACAAGGCUCGGUUGUGCGGGUUUGAUGUGAAGAGGCUACAGGAGAAAUUUAAGGAUCAGCAGCCUGAAUGA